CCAGGGCGAGUGACGGGGGGAAAGGGAAGGUCUGGGGGGAGGGCAGACACCCCUCGCCCCACCACGCCAGCUUUCAGCCCAGCCAGGGCUCUGGGGAGCCCCCACCUCUGCCGACCCGGCCGCACCCCGCAGGCAGGUCCUCUGUCAGGCCCACCCACGAGCGCGGCGGCGAGUGGUUCCUUCAGGAACCAAGGUGCGGGGGUGGAGAUGACGCCCCGGCCCCACCCUACAAACUUUCAGGGAGUGGCGCCCCAGGAGGGGACCCGACCUCUCAGCGUCCAGAGCGCGGGUCGCGCCUUUAAAGAACGUGGUAGGGUCGCCUGGAGGCAUCCACUGAAGAGUCACCGCACCGGCAGCCGGCGGGCGGCGGUAGGAUAGGAAGAUCUUUGGGGAAGACAGACAACCACCUGCCUUCCUCUCCUGUUAGUGGGAGCUUACAGCAGACAGGUGCAUGGGAGGACAGCCCAGCCAUGGCCACCUGUGACCAGGUGCUAGGAGGCUCAGUGCACAGGAGCCCAUGUUGAUCUCGGGGACACAACCUUCUGCAGAGAGCAAAGAUCCAGCAGCCCCUCUCCGGACCCCAGGGCUGGGGGAAGCAUGGAUAUCAAUAUCAUAGAGACGGCAAAGCUGGAGGAGCGCCUGGAGGCCCAGGCCGGAGAGCCGGCCAGCACCUACACCCGACCUGCUGUGCCCACCACAGAGGAGGAAGAGGAGGAGGAAGGCAAGAAUGGCGGUGCCAGCAAGCCCAAGGGCCUGGCCAAUGGACUGCGCAAGGGCGCCAAGAAGUACCCGGACUACAUCCAGAUCGCCAUGCCCUCCGACCCCAGGAACAAGUUCCCCCUGGAGUGGUGGAAGACGGGCGUGGCCUUUGUAUAUGCCCUCUUCAACCUGGUGCUGACCACGGUCAUGAUCACGGUGGUGCACGAGCGGGUCCCCCCCAAGGAGCUCAGCCCCCCUCUCCCAGACAAGUUCUUUGAUUACAUCGACCGCGUCAAGUGGGCCUUUUCUGUAUCAGAAAUCAACGGGAUCAUACUGGUCGGCCUGUGGGUGACCCAGUGGCUGUUUCUCAGAUACAAGUCCAUCGUGGGACGCAGGUUCUUUUUCCUCAUCGGGACCUUAUACCUGUACCGCUGCAUCACCAUGUAUGUCACCACCCUGCCCGUGCCCGGGAUGCACUUCCAGUGUGCGCCAAAGCUCAAUGGAGACUCCCAGGCCAAAAUCCAGCGGAUCCUGAGGCUCAUCUCAGGUGGAGGGCUGUCCAUCACUGGCUCGCACAUCCUGUGUGGGGACUUCCUGUUCAGCGGCCAUACGGUCAUGCUCACACUCACCUACCUGUUCAUCAAAGAAUACUCCCCCCGGCACUUCUGGUGGUACCAUCUGGUGUGUUGGCUGCUGAGUGCUGCUGGCAUCAUCUGCAUCCUGGUGGCCCACGAGCACUACACGGUGGAUGUGGUCAUCGCCUACUACAUCACCACACGCCUCUUCUGGUGGUACCACUCCAUGGCCAACGAGAAGAACCUGAAGGUCUCUUCACAGACGAAUUUCUUGUCUCGAGCAUGGUGGUUCCCCAUCUUUUAUUUCUUUGAGAAGAACGUUCAAGGCUCCAUCCCUUGCUGCUUCUCCUGGCCGCUCUCCUGGCCUCCUGGCUGCUUCAAAUCUUCCUGCAAAAAGUACUCCCGGGUCCAGAAGAUUGGAGAAGACAAUGAGAAGUCCACCUAACAGGCAGACGCAAAGGUGUUGGCUCUGACACCAGAAGUCCUCGCUGUAACCAAAGGUAUAGUUUGGCUUUUUUUUUUUUUUUUUUAAUGUUAGGAGAACUGACUGAUAGAUGAAGAAGUGGACCAAAUUUUGUGUCAGUGCUUUGGAAGAUGAAGGAAGUAUUACCUUGGACUAUUUUUUCUACUCCCUCCACCCCCCAGCAAGAGCAGCCGUCCUAUGCCACCUCCUUCCUGUGUAGCCAGCUCUGGGGUGGGGGGGGUGGUCUUGAGGACAGCGGAGCUUACCCAUGAGGUGCCAAAGACCCAUCCCGGGACUCCCACCUGAAGCAGCAGCCCUUCUCCACUCAGCUCUCUACUUCACAAGUUCAGGUUUUUAUUUUGUUUUCAGGAUUUCUUUGCUCCCCUCCAAGGUCUGAAGGAUUUGUUAAUGUUUUCAAUAAAAUAUCCAGAUAUAUUAAGCCACCAUGUAAAUAGAAAUAUACACACAGAGUGGUGUGUAGCCUCAGGGCCUGAUCAAGGCUGGAGGCCCCGGGGUUCAGAACUGAAGGUGCACCACGCUCCCACCCUGCCCUUGGGGCAGGACCAAGGGAAGGCCUGGGUGCCCAGCCACUGCACAAGGUGUCACUUUAUUUCCUUGAAUGAUUUUGUAGCAAAAGAGGAGGGUGACCUAGGAAAAUAAGGAAGUGCUUGGCACUUUCAGCCUCCAGCUGAAGAUUUCUCCGGGAAACAGAGACCCCUGGGGGCACACCUCCAUGCUGUCUGCCCCACACCCAGGCCUUGUACCAGAAGAGCAGUCUGCACCCCAGGGUAGAGGGAGAGCUGUUUCAGAACUUCCUGCCUUUCCACCCCCACCAAGGCAGCUGGUCACACGUUACUGAAACCUGUUUGUUCCUGGUGACCACCCCCUGUGGUGUUGGAAAACCAAGAUGAAGUCCAGAGGCUUCAUUCCUUCAGCAGAAGACAAGUUCUCUCACGGACUGGUCCUUGGGACAUGCACCACAGCCAGAGCACCUCACGUUAGCCCCCAAACUAUGCCAGGUGGCAUUCACUCAGUGAAGGGGGACAGUCGUUUCUAAAGUUCUUUCAGGUGAUGUAAUAAUAAUAUAAAAGCAUUUUUUUAAUCCUGUCAAAUUGAAAAUUGAAUGUUAGGAGAUUCGGUGCAUUGCUUGAUGCUGUUGAAUCUCAGGAAAUUCUUAGCUUAAUUCCCUGAGACCUUCAGUCACCUCAGAAAAAGACAAGGAACCUUAAGCUAUUAUCGGGAGGCCAGGGGAGGGGUAGUGAAAGGAGGUACUUACUAAUAUAUUGAGGGUGAAUGUUUCCUUCUGCUUAGAAUGAGAAAGAGAGAGAGAGAAAGAAAGAGAAAAAUCCCUAAAUUUAGUGUUACAAACUAGUCAGUCUUGAUUUAAUACAUAGCAUUGGCCUUUAGACUCUAAGCACAAUCCCCGCUUGUUCUGAAGGGCUCCUAUCUUUGGUGCUAACACUCUGUGUCUGCCUGCAGUCUGUUGUCUUCAUGGGAGAAGAGCUGAAGGAAAGGCAGGGAAAAAUAACUCUCUAAUCUGAUUAUUUCAAGCAAGAAUCAGAACCCUAAACAGCCUUGGCAGCCUGUGAAAGGCUGGAUAUCUUGUGGUCCCCCUCCUUCCCCCCCCCCCCCUAAAUAGACCAAUAAGAAACACAGUGACCACUUACCUGGUGUGUUUUGCCAUAAUCCACAUCCUUGUUACCUAUCCGCCUUUAUUAAAUGUUGUCAAGAAGUUUGCUUCAAAUAUUGGUUUGGUUUGUUUGUUUUUCACUUCCUGUUGUCUGUGAGGCAGUGUCCAUCCUUGGGCCUAGGCCUCCUAACGCUGGUUUACUCCUUGAAUUUUGAAUCCCAAUGAGCCUGCACUGCUUUCACCUUAUUCCUAUCACCCCUUUACUUCAAAUCAAGUAAGACAAAACUAGGGUUCUGACUGUGGGACACCCUUCCAAGGGUAAACCUGGCAUUUCAU